AUGCGUUCUGGUGACUUGCUGGUACAGGUAAAUUCCAAAAAGCAAGCACAGCAAAUUAGGAAACUUAAAGCCUUAGCCACCUUUCCCGUUACUGUCAGCUCUCACGCAUCCCUAAAUUUCUCGAAAGGAGUAAUAACGUGUGGGGAAUUAUUUAACGUUCCUCUAGAGGAGAUCUCCGAGGAACUGAAACCCCAAGGAGUAACUCAUGUACGCCAGAUCACCAUUCGGCGGGAUGGACAACUCCUACCCACCAAACAUUACGUAAUGACCUUUGAUAGACCAAAAAUACCUGAAUACCUUUAUGCAGGAUAUAUAAAAUUGCCUUUCCGCCAGUACAUCCCUAAUCCUUUAAGAUGUUUUCAAUGCCAGCGUUUUGGCCACUCCAGGGCUAACUGCCGCGGGACAUUAACAUGCGCCCGCUGUGCUGAAAAAGGCCACGACAGCCAGAAAUGUAACGCUGAAGAAAAAUGUGUAAAUUGCGGUGAGAAUCAUGCAUCUUUCUCUCGGUCCUGUGAACGAUGGAAAGUUGAAAAAGAAAUUACCUCUAUUAAAUUUAAAGAAGACAUCAGCUAUCCUGAAGCUCGGAAAAAAGUUCUAAAUCAGACACCAAAACCUGGAUUGAGCUAUGCUUCCAUAGUUAAAACAACCUUCUGUGUAAAUUGUUCCUGCACAAAUUGUGCAAAAUAUGCUCCCCAACCGCAAAAUACUGAAAAGUCAUCCGAUUCGGAAAUUGAAAAUGAAACAAACACGACUCCUGUAACUAACAAAUCGUCUAGACCUAAAAUUAAUUCUAACUCUCAGAAAUCACUUAAACUUAAGCUUGCGAAACGAGGAAUCUCACAAAAAGACAUUAGAUUAAAGUUGAAAAAAUCGACAUCACAAAAUUCUGUCGCUUUGGGACUUGCGACACAAGGUAAUGUUCAUAAGGACUUAACGUCCAUUUUUGGCAAACCUAAAAGUCCCGAUUCCAUUUCCCUUCAUCCGUCUGACGAGGAGGAUGAGUAA